AUACCAUUGAGUCGACGACGAAGCUGAUGAAUUAGGGUAUUGUAGGCGUCACGAGUCUUUCAUUCGUCGCGAUGCUAGUCAUGGCAAUCUACCUGCGCUUCUCCGACACACGCAGAGGAGUUAUCUUGAAAUGGCGAGCGCUGAGGAGUCCAAUUACGACGCAAUCGCAGAUGCUCAUCCUCAUCUGUCAUUUGGUCUUUGCUCAGGCACUUCAAUUGAUUGGCUAUUUGAUGUCUGCCAUACAUCUUGCCAAAGGGCGAAUCAUCUCACCGAGCUUGACUUGUGAGACGCAAGGGACAAUCAUCUUUAUUUCCCAUAUCCUCACAAACUUCUCGAUUGCGAAUAUUGCAACGCACUCGGCAUACUGCAUAUCGAGGCUGAAACCAAUGGCUCUAAAUUGCUUCGUUCUUCUCAAUGUCGUCACUUGGAUUUUGACCCUUUCCAUCAGCUUGGUCUUUCCACAUAUCCACAACGCCCGCAAUGAUGUGCCUUUCUUCACUUUCGGCAGCAUAGCCUGCUUUGUCAGCAAUCUAUGGCGGAUGGAAAAGAUUCUCGCAGUUUACGUCCCGUGUCUGGUGCUUCUUGGCAUCACUAUCGUUCUAUACCCAUUCAUCAGUUACCGGCUCGUACGCCACUCUGGACGUCUCGGUCGUGCAGGACUUCGCACUCACGCAGUAACUCGUACAGAAAAGGAGAUCCUCCGUGCAUCAAAGCGCGUCCUUAUGUUCCCAUUGGCAACAAUCAUCAUCACACUACCGUUUCUGACAUUGUCCAUCAUGGGAUUUCAAAAUGCAAAAGUGCUGGAGGAAAACUCAUGGACAAUCAUGCUGGUUGGCAUGUGCAUUGCAAUUGCUCCACUCUUCGCCUGCAUCUUCUUCUUCUUCAUGACCUCAUUCUUCAGAUCAUCUUCUUCAGUAGACACUACUGAAAUGUCCGAGCUUGCAGGCAGUGAGGCGGGUGGUGUCGACUUGCCCUUUCCCAUGGACGGAGAUACCGUCAAGACCUACAUCAGUAGUCCAGCUGUCAAGGACAAUUCAAUCUACUACUCGUUUGAGACAAACUUCUCAGAGGGCAGGAUCAAGACGGUUGACGUGCAACCAGGCUUUGUCCUUCCUGGACGUUCCCCAAUGUAAUUGCCCACCACUAAGUCAAGCUGCAUUCAUCCCGAGGCCGAAAUAGUUCGCGGCUUUGGUUCUUCCCCUUGCGAUGCUGUCAAGAUGGGACAAUCUUGCCCUUUUUACAUUUCUUCAGAUUCUCUUCUCUCAACGCAGCAUUCGCAAGUCGCAUGUUGUAAUUUUCUCUGGUAACGCCAAAAGGCAGUGAUGUCUACAAAGGCUUCAUCGCUGAUGCUAUUUUUAUCAUGUCUUCCACGCAAUCUGAGUCUUUUCCCCUUCUUCUGAUGUAUCAGUAACCGCAAAACCAGCCCAGUGAGCACGACGAUUGUUCGCGAUAAAGCGGCGAAUUUAUGGGGCUACAUCGCAAGAAGUGCUUCGCA